AUGGCCGUUUUAAUGGCCCAAUACUUUGUCGCCAUAUUUCUUGUCCCUUUAAUGCCUCUGUUUAAAAAAAGAUAUCAAUCUAAACGAAAUCAAUUGCAACAUGAAGAUGAACAAAGCGAAGAUUCAGAUAAAGGACACAAUUCAGUUUUAGAAAACAUGUUUCCAUCUGACACAUAUAGCCGUCUAAACUCAAAGCAAAAUGAACAAGACAGUUUAAAUGAACAAGACAGUUUAAAUGAACAAGACAGUUUAAAUGAAAAAAAAGACAGUUUAAAUCAACAAGACGGAAAUUCAGAAGAAUCCGAUAAAGUUACCUCUUCUCUGUAG